CGAGUUGCGCAGGCGCAGUGAGGCCGGCAUCAUGGCGUCCAGGCCCAAGCGGCGUGCCUUGGGUCGCGGGGCUCCGCGGGUUCCAGGUGUUCCGGACCCGCGAGUCGAGGAAGAAGACGAAGAUGAAGUGGAGGAUGAGGACGAAGAUGAUGAAGACAGUGACGAAGAAGAGGAUGAAGACGACGAGACUGUCGACGAGGAAGUGAAUGUUGAAUUUGAAGCGUAUUCCAUCUCAGAUAAUGAUUAUGACGGAAUUAAGAAGUUACUGCAGCAGCUUUUCCUAAAGGCUCCGGUGAACACUGCAGAACUAUCUGACCUCUUAAUUCAACAAAACCAUAUCGGGAGUGUGAUUAAGCAAACGGACGUUUCAGAAGACAGUGGUGACGAUGUGGACGAAGAUGAGAUUUUUGGAUUCAUAAGUCUUUUAAAUUUAACUGAAAGAAAGGGUACGCCGUGUGUGGAGCAAAUUAAAGAGCUGGUCCUGAGCUCCUGUGAGAAGACCUGUGGAAAGGGCUCGGCUGAACAGCUGGACGCGCUCUUCAACGACCCCUCCAAGCCUGUGGGCUUCCUGCUCAGUGAGAGGUUCAUUAACGUCCCUCCUCAGAUCGCGCUGCCCAUGCACCAGCAGCUCCAGAAAGAGCUGGCGGAGGCACACAGGACUAACAAGCCAUGCGGACAGUGUUCCUUCUACCUUCUGAUUAGCAAGACGUUCGUGGAAGCCGGAAGAAACAAUCCCAAGAGGAAAUGGAGCCACCAGGAAAAAGAUGAGUUAAUGUUUGCAAAUGCAGAGGAAGAAUUUUUUUAUGAGAAGGCGAUCGUGAAGUUCAGCUUCUCAGUGCAGGAAGAGAGCGACACGUGUCUGGGAGGCAGGUGGUCCUUUGACGACGUCCCCAUGAAGCCCCUGCGCACCGUGAUGUUGAUUCCAGGUGACCAGAUGGAUGAAAUCAUGGGUGAACUGAAAAAGCAUCUCUCUCUCUGACCCGUUAUUUCCCAUGGACCGCGGGGGGCUACUUUUCGUUUUUGUAAAAUUACCAGAAGACAGCUCACAUUUAGUGAAAACUCAUGACUUUAUUCAGAUUAAGGUCCUCUACAAAAAAGUAGGGUUCUGGCACCUGUGUCUGUGACACAUUUACAAAAUAGUUUUUAAAAAAAAAAAAAA